GUCCUUGGGCCGAAUAAUCACAUGAAGCCAGCCACUCCCUCUUACAGAAUAUGGUGGUAACCUCCAAAAAACACUUAUAUUAUAUUUCUUGGCUUUAUAGCUAUUCUAACAUCCCUUGUUUUCUUCCAUGUACUGUCUGAAACCUAUGAAACUUAGCUGUUUGCUUCUACUUUGCUAGAAAGCAAAACCACUCCACAAUAUAGCUUCACUACUCCCCUUUUACCAAUAUGCAAAUGAUACCCAGUGACCCCUUUUCACUUUCCACUACUCUCCCAGGGCUUCCCAAUGAACAAAACACAAACCCUAACCCUAAUCCUCCUCCUCCACUCACCAAGAAGAAGAGAAAUCUUCCAGGAACACCAGAUCCAGAUGCUGAGGUUAUUGCUCUUUCACCCAAGACUCUCAUGGCCACCAACCGUUUCAUCUGUGAAAUAUGCAACAAAGGGUUCCAGAGGGACCAGAACCUUCAGCUUCAUAGGAGGGGUCACAACCUUCCAUGGAAGCUACGACAGAGGUCAAACAAAGAGGUUCGGAAGAAGGUAUAUAUCUGUCCAGAGAAGACCUGUGUCCACCACCACGCCGCCAGGGCUCUCGGAGACCUCACCGGAAUAAAAAAGCACUAUAGCAGAAAACACGGUGAGAAGAAGUGGAAGUGCGAAAAGUGCUCCAAAAAAUACGCAGUUCAAUCUGAUUGGAAAGCUCACACCAAAACCUGUGGCACCAGAGAGUAUAAGUGCGACUGUGGCACCCUCUUCUCCAGGAAAGACAGCUUUAUUACUCACAGGGCUUUCUGCGAUGCCUUAGCCGAAGAGAGUUCGAGACUUUCCUCAGUAGCUACCAGUAGUCUAAAUUUCAAGAGCGAAGAUGCAAGUGUGAUGAAUACACAAGCUGGUUUGUCGUCACGUGGAUUAAUCACUGGUCAGGGAAUGCAGAGUGUUCCACACUUUGGUCCACACGGGUUUCGUUUAAUGGGGAUGGGUGCAGACCAACAAAGACCAAACUUGUCACUGUGGUUGAAUCAGGGACAUCACAUUAAUAACCCACUUGAUGUGCCAUCAUCAAGUUCCUCAGGUUUGCCCGAGGUUGUGCAAAUGGCACAAGCUAUUGGUUCUUCUUCUUCAGUAUUCUCAAAUUUCGGAACCAAUUCAAAGGGAGAAGGUGGAGCUUCAGAUUUGGCAUCAAUUUAUUCUGAGAGUCAAAACAAGAACUCGAUCUCAGCUUCCCCAAUGUCAGCCACUGCCCUUCUGCAGAAGGCAGCACAAAUGGGUUCCACCAGAAGCACCAACCCUUCAAUUUUCAGUGGCAGUUUUGGAGUGAUGAGCUCAUCCUCAACCCAAACUACCACUCUCAAUAAUACCAAUGCAAACCAAAGCAGUGACCAGCUCAACCAAGUGUUUCAGAACAUGAACCAACAGCAAAAUUUCAAUGGAACAAGCAGCAGUGCAACUAUGUUAGGCCAUUCUACUAACUUUCCCUCAUUGACACAUCCAUCAAACAGUUUUGAUCAGUUUCUGAUGCAAAACAACGUGGAAGCAACUCAGAUAAACCUCCAUCCAGGCUCAAACACAGUGGAACAUAACUUGACGAGAGAUUUUCUUGGCAUGAACAGAAAUGGAGGUGGACAUCCAUUUCUACCUCAAGAGCUUGCAAAGUUUGCUUCCUUAGGGUCAUCAAUGGGUUUGAACCAAUUCACUGCAGGCCAUCAAUGAAGUCCUUUCUGACUAUAACUCAUAUGACAUAUCUAGUGGUCCCAAUUGAGUACAGUGAAAAUUAUUGGGAAUUGUUGGUGAAGCUUAAGACCAGUUUAGAGCGAUUUUGUGAUCAGAUAUGGUUCUGUGUAUUGUCAGCGGUUCUGAGGGUAGUAGGGACCCACUGCAUGUUUGAGAUGAAAGAAGGAACAGCGAGUUCCCCUAGCAGUGCAUGUUCUCUAAGUAGUAGUUGUUGUUGUUGGUUUGUCUUCUGUCUUAACCUUGUUAUCGUUUUUGGCUUCUCUUCCUCGAGAGAAGCGGAAGAUAUAAAGUAAUCAUAAAACAACUA